UGGGGGGAGAGAGUCAGCCGCUGUGGGUGAUGAUGCCCUGUUUGGAUAUGUGAACCGCAGACCUCUGUGAUCUGGAGGGAGGCGGGGAUAGCAACGCCGAGUCACACUUCUUUUUGGAAGCCUCAUUGUCUUUGGGGGACUAUGAAGGUGCCUCGUUUAAAGCUUAAGAAUUUAAUGGCUUUGGAUGUGGCAGAUGCUGGUGUCCUGAAAUGCAAUGUGAUCCGUUUGUUGCUCAAGCACCCUCAGGGAAUCAAAUAUGGGGAUUUUUCUGGUGCUUUCUACAAGCUUCAUGGCCACCACCCCCAGGUGGCUCUUCAUGGGUAUAGUUCACUCAAGUACUUGCUGACUGACAUGAAGAACAUGGUAGUCCUAAAAAAGAAUUCCCAAACAACAGUCAUCAAGUUGGCCAGUGGCAUUCCUUUUAAUCAGUGGCUGGACGAAAGGGAAGGAUGGGGCAGCUCUGAAGAAGGAUGGGACGACUUUGAAGGAUGGGACAGCUAUGAAGAGGAAAUGCAGACCUCAAAGAAUGAAGAAGCAAAGAAAGAAGCAGUUCUGGCUGCUGCUGUAGUGCCUAUCCUCACUAUCCUUCGAGACUAUCCAAAUGGUAUGGAACUGCAAACACUGACGGAGACUUUGAAGAAGUGUGGAUUUGACUUAGAGCAUUUCAGCCAAGAUAUGGGUCACAGUGAUACAAUAUACUGCCUGCUUGAGAUGCCAGGGUUGUAUUUGUUGAAUGACAUGGUGCCUUAUAACUGCAUGGUCCAGACAUUCAGUGCUCAUUCUUCUUUACACAAACCCUUGUCUUCCAGGACUUUGAGCACCUUCCUUGAGCAUUCUAUAGAAGCAAAGCCAGUUUCCCACAGCUCUACAACAUCCCAGGCCAGCGCUUCUCUUUCUCGUGACUUGGAUCGCCUUGCCAGCAAAUCUAAAACCCCAAACCAAAAUGUGCUAGAAAAGAAACCUGUACCCCACAGCUUCAUGACAUCCCAGGCCACCUCUUCUCCAUCUAAAACCCUGGACCAAAAUGUGCUAGGAAAGAAACCUGAAGUUGCAGAAGCAUCUUCUAACCUCGAAGGGAUUCGAUCUGGAGAAGUUCAGCAUUGCUUUAGGCUACAAGAACACAUUGGAAUUUUUGGAGCAACAAAUGCCUGAACUGAAGAUCAAAUACAGUGGAAAUGAAGGCAACUGUGUUGUUAUGCAAGCAUCCCAGAGCUUCAUGACAUCCCAGGCCACCACUUCUCCAUCCUGUGACUUGGAUCGGUCUAAAUCUAAAACCCUGGACCAAACUGUGUUAGGAAAGAGACCUGGUAUGAUUGUAUUUUAACUGUGAAGUAUUCUGGGGAAUAAACUCAAGCACAGAAGGAGGAAGGAA